AUUGCAGGAGGUUAUAUAGGAUUAAUUAUUUCGACGAUAUAUUAAGAUUAUUUAAUGCAGACAAAAAAAAUUUUUUUAAUCAUUCUAAUUCUCCAUAGUUCGAAAAUUGAAUAAGCACGAUUCAUUGAUUUAUCUCAUUUGAGAAACAACAAUGUACCGUAUAGUAAACUGUGAACUUUUACUUCUUAUGUCGCUUUUAUUAAUAAUUCACACAAGCGAUUCGAUGCGACAUUAAAAAAUUAAUAGAAUUAAAAAAAAAAAAAAAAAAAAGGGAAAAAGACGAAAAAAAGAUGUUGCAGAACGACCGUUUUUACUCGUGUCGAUUAUCGAGUUGCAUUUAAUUUUGUAUAAUUAUUUUAUAAAACAAAUGACACUUGUUCACGUAAAUUUGCCGAUAUGUACGACGAUUCUCUCGAGAAUGUGCAGUUAGUGCAUUAUAUUACGUCAUUUCAAGUUAGUGCGCCGGUGGUCGUUUGUUUUCGAGUUUCCUGAAACGGUUCUCUCUCGGUCGGUGCAACUACAAAAAAGAAAAAAGAAGAAAAAACAAGGAAAAAAAAAGAAACAAAAAGAAAAAGAAACAGAAACAACACGUUGGAACAUACUGCAUCGGUGCAGUGCUGCUACGUUCGUGGCUGAGUGUGCUUACUUCCUAUGUACCGGGUGUCCCAUCGCAAAAAUCUUCGAUAUUAUCCCAUAAAUCGUGUAAACCGAACAUAAUGAUAAACAAAAUUACACUUUCGAAAAUAUUUUUCUUUAAUAUAAAUUAAUUUUUCCUAUCAUUUCAAUUCAUUUUAUUUCGCUAUUUGUUUUCUUUUUUCUUUUUUUUUCUUUCGUUCUAUCUCUCCUUCAUCGGUAGGAAUUGUUACGUGAUAAAAAAAGAAAGAAAAGAAAAAAGCGCGAAUCAACGACGUCACGAAAUACGUGGUGUUUUUUCGUUCAAGGCUAUCGAACAAGCCUACUUAACGACUCGCACAUUCGUUCGCGUAACGAAGAAACGUUCAAGCAUUUCGUAAACAAUUCGUAGCAUCGUCCAACCUGACUUCCAGGGAUUUGAACUAUUAAUUGAUUCCGUGGAUGGAACGAUGGAGCGAAACUCUCAGACGGGUAGAGAAGCCGUCGUGGAGGGUAUUAGACUCGAAGUUGUAGGAGGUAAUCCAGCAAUGAAAAAUGAAAUGGGUAAUCAUGAAAUUCUUCAACUACGAGAACAACAGCAACAACAGCAGCAGCUUGGGUAUAUUGUCAAAGAGGAAGGCGGGGAUGAUGUGGGCGUGCUGGAGGCGGGUCAUUCAGAAAUCGAAAAUGGCGUCAUGCUAGAACCAACCGGAGCUGAAGUGAUCACUUUGAAUGUUGCUACGAGUCAUCAAGAUGGUCCUAACCCUAAUUAUACCCUUCAUCAACUUGGCUAUCAGGAAGAACAUCAUAUUAUUCAUGAUAGAGAUUAUUUAGAAGAGGGUUCGCCACGAUUUGGGGGCGGUGACAUUGACGUGAAGAAGGAGGAGCAGGAACAGCAGCAACAGGUCGCUCACCCCCACCACCAACGUCACCACCACCACCACCAUCACAAUCAUCAUCACCUCCACCAACAUCAACAGUCGCAAGAGCAGCAGCAGCAGCAGCAGCAAACGCAGUACGCUCAGCUCGGGCCAUGCGAAGUCCCGGUUCCCGAAGGAGGGGAUAGUCGGCAUCCAACGGAGGUCUCCGUCCCUACUGAAGGAACUCGUACUGCCAGUCACAUGCCUCACUCCACGAUGCAUCGUUACGGUGGAGAAACGCUUUCACCGACUACUACGGAUCAUCCCCAUCAUCAUCAUCAUCAACAACAGCAGCAGCAGCAGCAGCAACAUCAUCAUCAGUUAUCCGAAGUUCAUCAACAACAACAGCAACAUGGUUCUCAUCGUCAUUUGGAGGAUCAACAACAACAUCAUCAGGAAACUGAGGAAGAGGUUGAUAGAGUCGGUGGUAUUUCGAGAAGUGCACGUGGAGAUUUCAAUCUGGGUGUGCUUUUUCCAAAUCUCGGCUCGAACGGUACUGGUGCUAAUAGUGGAAAUGGUAAUACAUCUCAUCAUCUUCAUCAACAACAACAGCAGCAACAACAACAACAACAACAACAACAGCCACAACAACAACAUCAUCAUCACGCGAAUACUCAUCAUAUGGAGGACGUGCUACCGAACGAUCCCUAUCUUCAACAUCAAAUUCGUGCCGGAGGCGGUGCAACGAGUGCGAGUGGUGGGGUCACUGGUGGUAAUUCGCCGCCGAUUAGAACGAGAGGCUCACCAGGUUCCAGUCGUAGCCCACAUGACGAUCAUCUUUCCUCGCCGCAUCGACAUUCCUCAUCCGAUGGACCUAGUGCCUUCAGUCCGGCCGAUCAAGGAAGAUUACAAUCCUUUACCCAUCUUACCUCAAUGCAGCCUCCCAAUUCUGUACAAACUAAUCAUGGUAACCUUCAAGACGCUGAUCGUGUCACUGAUCAACUUUAUAUGGACUCUAUCUACACUCAUCAUACCACUGCUACUGGUCAUCAUCAUCAAGAACACGAGCAUGGUUCUUCUACGCCACACUCACCAGGUGGUAAUCUCUCCACUUCGUCGUUGUAUCGUACGAUGAGCGGCGUAGGGACGAUUGGUGCUGGUGCAGGGGCUACCAGUUACAAUUUACCAUACAUGACGAGUAGUCCUACAGAACUUUCAACUUCUCCUCAGUUGUGGAAUGCUCAAGUAACCGGUCUCAGUACAACUUUGCCAUCGCUCGGAGAGGAUUACGGAAGUAGCAAAUCUUCGACCGCGGUGACUCAUCAAGCUUUACCUGCUUUCUCGCAACCUUUCGGAGGAAGACCAAGUUUUCGUGGAUAUUCGCCGCCGUAUUCGUCUCAGCAAACGACUACGGGAAAUAAUACCGGGAGCGUUGGUGGUGACGCGACAUCCUGGACAUACGUUUCACCAUCGAACGAUGUCUCUCUGACAUCUCAAUACGGCGCACCCUCGAGAAGACAAACGGCCAAUCCCUCGACUACGCCUACGCAUAAUCAACUCAGUGCUGCAGCCAGCCUCACUGCGAUGCACAACAUCGAGGCGGAGUACUUUACGGAGGGUCGCGAGUGCGUGAACUGUGGGGCAAUUUCCACACCCUUAUGGCGAAGGGACGGUACCGGGCACUACCUCUGCAACGCAUGCGGUCUCUACCACAAGAUGAACGGAAUGAAUCGACCCCUAGUCAAACAACCACGUCGUCUGUCAGCUUCAAGGCGCGUAGGACUCUCUUGUAGUAAUUGCCAAACGACAAUGACGUCACUUUGGCGACGAAAUUCCCUCGGUGAACCCGUUUGCAAUGCCUGUGGUCUCUACUUCAAGCUUCAUGGUAUCAAUAGGCCGAUGACGAUGAAGAAGGAUAGCAUUCAAACUCGUAAACGUAAACCUAAAGGCGGAAUGAAGUCUACCGAUACUCCAAUUGCUGGCAAUGUUGCACAAUGCACCAACAAUAACAACAAUAACAACAACAAUAACAACAAUAAUUUAAAGCUAGAGCCAGAUAACUAUGAUUUAAGGAUGGCCCACUCCGUGGUACCUCAAGUUACAUACGCAGGUUCCCUCUAUGGUAAUCCACAGUCGGGCAGUCGUAUAGUUUCCUAUCGUUCAACGACACCUAGCGGUCUUUACUACGACAUGAUUGCUUCUCAACAGCAACAACAACAACAACAGCAUCAGCAGCUCCUCGAAACUCAUUCUCCGAAAGUUGAAUGUCCUUCGCCACCUUGUGCAACACAUUCACCAGGAAUGAUGUCAGCGGGACACUCACCUGAUCAUCACCAACUUGCCUCACCUCAUAUCGUUACUCUUGGCAAUUCCUCGCCCAGUCCAGCAGGUAGUAAGAUCAUGUUGGACAAUGGGCAUCUUGAGAGACCCACUGUUGUUUCUAUAUCUUCUUAAAAAUCUCUAAUUAUUAUCGACGAGAUUAUAAUAAAGAUUUUUCGAGCUCGCCGCGGAAUAGACAACGACGAUUCUUCAAUACACUGUGAACUUUUAUAUUUAUCGUUAGUAAUUUCAAUCUCGAUCCUAGUUGAUCUGUGGUUGAAUUUAACGAUUAUUUAAGUCUUGGAGAGGUCAUUGCUAUAGUUAGACUUUUCAGAUCAAAAGUGACAAAUUUAUUGAAUGUUGAUGAAAUGAAUCAUAUCGCUAAGAUUCAGGAAUAGUAAGCUUGUAAAGUGGAUUAUCCUAUUUGUUUUCUUUUAAGAAAUCAGACAAGAAAAUUUUGAUAUAAUGCAUAAGUACUUUUCUCUUGCGAUCACGGUACAAUACUUCGCUAUUUUGCAAGAUAGAUUUAGAUUUCAACUAUAAUGUUGUAGUAAUAGUUAAGUUAAAAUUUAAGUAUCUCAAAAGUGUGUGUAUAUAAUGGUUUGGAUGGUGUUAAUUUAGGUUCUUGUAAAUAACAUUGUAAGUCUGAAUUCGAUGUCGUUUCAAAUUAUAUUACUCCUAUUCUUUGUCUUUCGAAGUCGAGAGAUAUAUCUUAAAGAUUCUAUUAGGAUAAAAGUGCAUAUUAAAGAUUUUUUUUUCUUUUUUUUUUUUUACUUCAAAUCAAGAUUACAUUCCGGGAAAUUUUGAUCGAGAGAAAUUAGAAAAGUCAAAAAAAAAAAGAAAAAGAAAAAACAAAAAAUAGUAAAAAUAAUUAACAUCUACUACCCUUUUCUCGAAUUUUUAAGCGUCGAUCUCAUUUCGACCGAAGCUAUGAGAGUUCAAUAAACUUGAGCUUCGUGACGUACGAUAACGCAAAGGCGUGCAAAAGUUAUCGCUUCAUAAUUUUUUUUUUUCUUCUUUCCUUGUAAACAGUUGCGAAUAGGGGCCGAGACAUCCGGUAUAUAUGUAGGAAAUGUGUCAGAGUCAAUGUCAGAUCUUCUCCGCUUUGAUUUUUUUAUUUUUAUUUUUUAUUAUUUUUUUUUUUUUUUCUAUUUUUAUUUCACCUCCUUUAAUGUACUUUUAUUUAUUUUACAUUUUAUUUCUUUUUUCUAUUUUUUCUUGACUUUUUUUUUCUUUUUUUUUUUUUUUUUUUUUCGUUAUCAAAGACGAAUUUAUUGAAGCAGCUCUCCAAAACAAAUAACAAAUCUAACCUGACGCCUUUGCAUUUUGUAAAUAUUAUCGAAAAUAUGUUUAAGCGUUAAGAUUUUAUCUCUUCUGUUUUCUUUUAUUCUGUAAGAUUUAAGAAUUAUUUAUCUUAAUACAUAAUUGACCAGGAUAUAAUAAUAAAUAAUAUCAUUACUGACGGCAAUUUUAUCAUUCCGGUAAUGUUUAUCAUUGAAUUAAAAAUUUGUUAUUUAAAUAUUACAAAUUUAGAAAAAUUAGAAAUAUUGGAAUUAAGUAAAUAUUAUGCAAGACGAUAAACAAUAUAUACUAUUUUAUACAUUAAUAAUUGUAUAAGUCGUAUGUAUUUGCAAAAACGAAUAUAUCUGUGAAUCGGUCAAAAAUGUAUUAAGAUAUUAGAAAUAAUGAUUGUUGUAAGAACGAAGCAUAAAAGUUUCUCUCGCCGAUUAAUCGUCAGAGUACAAGAACCUAUCAAUAAUUUUACAAAUCUUAUAACUACAAUGAUAGUUUAUAAUGUAACGACAUUUAUUAAUAUAGUGACGGGAACACACCAUUGAAACAGUCUAUACAUUUUAUCCGGCUGACGAACAUGCUAAUAUAUUUCACGUAAUAUAUUUUUUUCAGAGUGUUGUAUCGGGUCAUAUCAAUUAUUUUUAAAUAAAAGGGAUAUAUAUAUUUAAAAGAUAAUCAAUACCGUCACUUUUUCGUAAUCGUUCAUAUAAGAAUUCCAACAGGAAUGGGAUAUAACAUCAAUGAAGAAACAUUUAAUGGAUAUCCAAUUUUUUUGUUCUUUUUUUCCUUUUUUUUUUACAUAUUUAUUUAAACAAUUAGUAAUUAUAAUUAGUAAUUAUAAUACAUCGUAAAUAAUUAAUAAUAUUAUAAAUUUAUAAUUAUAUUAAACUUACACGUUUACCUUUAGAUAAUCCAAUGAAAAAUAAAUUAAAUUGAAUGAUUAUAAAAUGAAAAAAAGAAAGAAAGAAAAAAAAAGAAAAAAACAGAAAACGAUCGAGGAUAUUUUAUAUGGAAAUAAAGGUAUAAAAGCGGGAAGAAUUCGAAAAUUAUUUAGUAAGAUAAACGAAAGUAAUUUGUAUGUAUGUAUUUUUGUUCGAAUUAUAGAACUUCCAUAUAGUAAAAUAAAUCCCUCAUGUCGCGA